AAUGGCAUGUGCUUGCAAGGCCCCAGCGGAGUUCCCGGGCGCGACGGGAGCCCCGGCGUGAACGGCAUUCCCGGGACGCCCGGCAUCCCGGGCCGCGACGGCCUCAAGGGCGAGAAGGGCGAGUGUAUGCGGGAGAGCUUCGAGGAGUCCUGGACACCCAACUUCAAGCAGUGCUCGUGGAGCGCCCUGAAUUACGGCAUAGACCUUGGGAAAAUAGCAGAGUGUACGUUCACGAAGAUGCGCUCCAACAGCGCCCUCCGCGUGCUCUUCAGCGGGUCCCUGCGGCUAAAAUGCAGAAACGCCUGUUGUCAACGCUGGUAUUUUACCUUCAACGGAGCAGAAUGUGCUGGGCCACUUCCUAUUGAAGCCAUAAUAUAUUUAGAUCAAGGAAGUCCCGAGCUGAAUUCUACCAUUAACAUACACCGAACCUCUUCAGUGGAAGGUCUGUGCGAAGGGAUCAACGCCGGCCUGGUGGACGUGGCCAUCUGGGUUGGCACUUGCUCGGAUUACCCAAGGGGAGACGCUUCUACUGGAUGGAAUUCAGUCUCCCGUAUCAUCAUUGAGGAACUGCCAAAAUAACUUCCCCCCUCCUUAU